CCAGCCCGGACCUGUCUCACCCACCCCAGCUGAUGGGAGACAGGGAGCGGGGGGGGCUCGUCACCUAUUGGCAGACAGUCACAUGGUCCAGGUUUCCUGAGCCGCUAUUAGCCAACAUCACUCUGUCCUGGAACAAGAGCCUGGAGCUGGUGGACGACGUCGUGGUGACCUUUGAGUACGGGAGGCCAACCACCAUGGUGCUGGAGAAGUCACCUGACAGAGGUGUGUCCUGGCAGCCGUACCAGUUCUACGCUGACGACUGCCUCGAAGCCUUCGGCAUGCCUCCUAAACGUGUUGCUGAUUUAGCGCCGAGCAACAUAACCCGGGUCAUCUGCACCGAGCAGUACUCCAAGUGGGUCGGAGUCAAGGAGGAGAAGCAGGUGGUGUUCGAGGUCCGUUCUCGUUUCGGGGUCUUCGCCGGUCCGAAGCUGAUCAACAUGGCCGCCCUGUGGACGCGCAUGGAGACGAUGCAGGGACUCAGAGAGUUCUUCAGCUUCACCAACCUGAGGCUGAGGCUGCUGCGCCCGGCACUGGGAGGGACAUACGUCCAGAGAGACAACCUGUUGAAGUACUUCUACGCUGUGUCCAACAUCGAUGUACCUGCCAGGUGUGUGUGUAACCUGCAUGCGUCUCAGUGUGUGUUGCGUGAUGCCACGCUGCAGUGUGACUGUGAUCACAACACCAGCGGUCAGGACUGUCAGCGUUGCAGCCGAGGGUUCCAGUCCUGGAGGCCGGGGUCCUACCUGCCACUGCCCCGAGGCACCGCCAACCACUGUGAAGCAUCACAAACUGCAGCCAGUAAGUAAUGUUUAUCUCACCUUUUUACCUGUCUGUCUGCUCACCUGUGUGACAUGUUGAAUCCCCAUCUCCGUACCAUCCAGUGUUGCAUCAUGGGAUGAACAUCUCUUACAACUUUGUUAGUUACACAUUCCCUCUGCUA